GAUCCAGGAGCAUGAGCAGGACUUUGAGCUGCGGGAGCAGAUGUCUGGGUACAAGCGCAUGCGGCGGCAGCACCAGAAGCAGCUGAUCGCCCUGGAGAACAGGCUAAAGGCCGAGAUGGAUGAGCAUAGGCUCCGGCUGCAGAAGGAAUUAGAGACACAUGCGAACAACACUUACAUUGAGCUGGAAAGACUGGCAAAACGCCACGUUGCUCAAACAGACAAAGAGAUGAAGUCAGUUGCAGCCGAAGAGAGGAGGAUCCAGCAACAGAUUGUUGCCCAGCAAAAGAAAGAGCUGACUACUUUCUUAGAGAACCAGAAGAAGGAGUACAGGCUUUGCAAAGACAAGAUCAAAGAAGAAAUGAAUGAAGACCUUUGUACACCCAAGGAGGAGAAGCAGGAGCGUCUGUCCAGGCACAAAGAAACAAUGCAGCGCUCUCAGGCUGAGGAGGAAGCUCACUUGCUGGCCCAGCAGAGGCUGGUCUAUGACCGGAGCUGCAGGGCCCUCAAACACCGGAGUCUAGUCAGGAGGCAUGAGUUUGAACAAGAGCAACUGAGAGAGGAGUUGAACAAGAAAAGGACCCAAAAGGAGAUGGAACAUGCCCUGAUGAUCCGGCAGGACGAGUCCACCCAGGACCUGGAGCGCAGGCAGCUGCAGAUGCUGCAGAAGCUGCGUAUUGAACUCAUGCGGCUGCAGCAUCAAACUGAGCUUGAAAACCAGGAGGAGUACAAUGGCCGGCGGCAGAGAGAACUACACAGGAAACACACUCUGGAGCAGCGGCAGCAGCCCAGAAACCUCAAGGCGCUGGAGAUGCAAAUCAAGAAACAAUUCCAGGAUACCUGUAAGGUGCAGAACAAGCAGUAUAAAGCUCUUAGAAACCAUCAGCUGGAGGUCUCCCCCAAAGGCGACCAUAAGACCAUUUUGAAGAGCCUGAAAGAGGAGCAGACACGCAAGUUGGCCAUACUGGCUGAGCAGUACGAGCAGAGCAUCAACGAGAUGAUGGCAUCACAAGCGAUGCGAUUAGAUGCAGAGCAGGAAACAGAGUGCCAAGCUCUGAAGCAGCAGCUGAAGCAGGAGAUGGAGCUCCUGGAUGCCUACCAGAGAAAAACCAAGUCACAGAUGGAGACCCAACAUGAGCGAGAGCUGCAGAAACUUGAGCAGAAGGUCUCCAUACGCAGAGCCCACCUUGAACAGAAGAUUGAAGAGGAACUGGCAGCACUUCAGAAGGAACGUACUGAAAGGGUCAAGCACUUGUUGGAACGUCAGGACAGAGAAAUGAAUGCUUUUGACACAGAAAGUAGAAGCCUCGGCUUUGGAAGCCUGGGAUCUCUGGACUUCCCCAAAGAAGACAACAGAUGA